UUGAAUUUAACACAAUUGAAUCUGCAAAUCUUAAAUCCCAGUGUAGAUAACUACAAGUGAAAUGACACAGCCGCGACCCUGUGGAUGCAAAGGAUGCAGGACAUGCCUCAUUUGCGAAACCCAGUACGGGGCUGACAAGUACAAAAUUCAAUUAGAGUUCGACAAGACUAAAAGCUAUGUUUAUUGCCCGUUUUGCAACAAAGCUUGGGCGGGUUGGGACGCCGAUGUCUACAAACAACAUCCCAAUCACGAUGGAGCACCGAUCGAGUAUCCCGGUGUUUACAUUCAGUUGGACUUUAUAACAGAGCAAGAAGAAAAUGUGUUAAUGAAAAAUAUAGACGAGGUACCUUGGGACAUAUCGCAGAGUGGGAGACGUAAGCAAAACUAUGGUCCUAAAACGAAUUUCAAGAAGAUGAAAAUCAAUUCUGGCAAUUUUGAUGGCUUCCCAGCAUUUUCCAAGUUUCUGCAAGAUAGAUUCGAAGCUGUGCCUUUAUUGAAAGGUUAUGAUGUAAUAGAGCAGUGCUCUUUAGAGUAUGAUCCUAAUAAAGGAGCUUCUAUUGAUCCUCACAUAGAUGAUUGUUGGAUUUGGGGCGAAAGAAUCAUCACUGUGAACUGUUUGUCUGAUUCCGUGUUAACCAUGACUAGAUAUCAUGGAGAUACUAAGAAGUAUAAUCUGCAUUGUGCAGAAAAAUACUGUCCGAUAGUUAAACCAGAUGGCAGUAUUAACUUGGAAUGUAGUGAUCUUGAUAAAUCGGCUUUUGAAGCAAGUAAAUCACAAGAUUUGGAUGUUGUUGUCAGAAUACCAAUGCCUAGAAGAUCGCUCCUAGUCUUCUAUGGUGAGCCAAGAUACCACUGGGAGCACAGUGUGCUCCGUGAGGACAUCUCUUCCCGCCGGGUAUGUAUAGCUUACAGGGAGUUCACACCGCCGUACAUGCAGAAUGGCUGCCAUGAAGAGGCUGGCAACCUCAUCAGACAGGCUAAGACAUUUUGGGAUCACAAGUUAAAGUACCAAAUCGAGGCUUAAGUUGAAAUAAUUAAGAAUCCAUUUGAGUUCCACCACAAACAUAG